AUGGGCUUCCCUCCCAAGAUAUACCAGUUUCUGGUAGGCGCCUUUGCUUCACUUGGGUCGUUUCUCUACGGAUAUGACCUUACAAUUGUGGCCGAGGUGGUAUCCAGCGGUUCUUUUCUGGACUAUUUCGGCCCAUCCACCACUGAGAUAGGCCUGGUCGCGUCCCUUCUCACGGCCGGCGCCGCCGUCGGUGCCGGGUUAGCGUACCCAUGCUCUGAUUACUUUGGCCGCCGAGCAACCAUCCUGACCGGCGGCUUAAUCUUCUGCCUGGGAGGUGGCUUGCAGGCCGGUGCGCAAAACUAUGGCUACGUCUUAGGUGGUCGUUUCAUCUCGGGUGUCUCUAUCGGUGUACUCACCAUGAUCAUUCCAAUUUACCAGGCCGAAUUGGUUCAUCCCGAUAUCCGAGGUCUGGUGACUGGAUUGCAACAGUUCAUGCUCGGCAUAGGUGGUGUCUGCGGGAGCUGGAUCAGCUACGGCACCUAUGUUAGUUUUGCGGAUAACCGCCAGUGGCGCAUCCCGUUAGGCAUUCAGAUUGUGCCGGCGGCUCUACUGUCCGCCUUGAUCUUCCUGUUCCCAGAAUCGCCCCGUUGGCUCAUUAGCCGCGGUCAGCGGGAGAGAGGCCUUCAGACCCUGGCGCGACUCCAUGCCAACGGCAACAGCUCCGACCCUUGGAUUCUUGCCGAGUUUGAACAGAUCAAAGCCCAGCUUGCCGCAGAGAAGGAGCAUAGCCAGGUCACAUUUUAUCUGUGGAUCGUCGACAAGUCAAACUUCCGUCGUCUGCUACUGGCUUGUGCUAUGCAAGCUGCAACACAAAUGACGGGAGUCUCCGCUAUUCAAUACUACUCGGUCACCAUCUUUAAACAAAUCGGCAUAGACGGAACGGACACUCUGCGCUACCAAGCCAUCAACUCAAUCAUUGGCCUCAUUGGUGAAUUCCUUCUUAUGAUGGUCGUCGAUAAAAUUGGUCGUCGCAAACUCAUCGUGGGUGGAAAUCUUGCCAUGUGUCUCACAUACGUGAUCAGCACAAUCCUUCUAGCCCAGUUUCCUCCUGAGGUUGACAGCACGGGCGCACACUGGGGUUUCAUUAUCAUGACAUGGGUCUUUAAUUUCUGCUUUGCCACUAUGGGAUCAUUGUCUUGGAUGAUUCCUGCCGAAAUUUUCGAUACAGCAACACGAGCUAGGGGGGUAGCCUUGGGCUGCAUGCUAUCAUUUGCCUUCAACACAAUGAUUGGUCAAGUGACACCCAUUGGAAUGGCAAACUCUGGAUGGAAAUUCUAUAUCCUUUUCGUGGUCUGCAAUUUCACCAAUGCCGUCUUCUUCUGGGCCAUGCUCCCGGAAACGAAACAGUUGCCCUUGGAGGAGAUGAGGAAACUCUUCGCCGAGUCUCCCUGGUUCAUCGGCAAUUCCACCAAAAGCGAGCACCGAGUCACGGAAACCAGUAUCCUGGCGCAGCGAAUUAAAUCCAAAGGAUUGGAAGACAAGACUGGCACCAGUGAGCAUAAGGAGGAAACCGCUUAA